AUGGCGGCGGGCGGCGGGCUGGCCGCCCUUUUACCCGCGCAGACCGAGCUGGACGACGCGCUUGAGGAGGCGCUGACGUCUCCAGAGAAGGAGAACUUGGUCUACCAACACUUGCGAGAGGUGGAUACGCGGGAGCGGGAUCUCAAAGUCCCGGAGUUUGAAAAAGAUCUGGAGUGGCUAAAUACUGAAGGUCCCCUUUCUUUGCAUAAAGACUUUUGUGGAAAAGUGGUGGUUUUGGAUUUCUUCACUUACUGCUGCAUCAACUGUAUCCACCUGCUGCCUGAUCUCCAUGAAUUAGAACAGAAAUACUCUUCUAAAGAUGGUCUCCUUGUUGUCGGUGUGCACUCAGCAAAAUUUCCAAAUGAAAAGGUUCUGGAUAACAUCAAAAGUGCUAUUCUCAGAUACAACAUCACUCAUCCUGUGGUAAAUGAUGCCGCCGCAACCCUUUGGCAUGAGCUUGAUGUGUCCUGCUGGCCAACCGUGGUCAUCCUUGGCCCCCGUGGGAAUAUGCUGUUUACUCUGGUCGGUGAAGGACACAAGGAGAAAUUAUUUCUAUUUACAUCUAUAGCCCUAAAGUAUUAUGGGGAGAAAGGACAGAUCAAAGCUAAUGUGAUUAGAACACAGCUCUAUAGAGAUUCUUUGCCACCUUCUCCUUUGAUGUUUCCUGGAAAAGUUACAGUGGACUCUUCUGGGGACAAGUUGGUAAUAGCAGACACCGGACAUCAUAGGAUUUUGGUUGUCAGGAAAAGUGGUCAAAUUCUUCAUAUUAUUGGAGGACCAAACAGUGGAAGAAAAGAUGGAAUAUUUUCAGAAGCAUCAUUCAGUUCACCACAGGGGGUGGCUAUAAAGAAUGAUAUUAUUUACGUAGCAGAUACAGAAAACCAUCUGAUUAGGAAGAUUGACCUCCAGUUAAAGAAGGUGAGCACUGAAGCAGGGAUGGGAAUACAAGGCAUGGAUAAGGAAGGAGGAGCCCAAGGAGAGGAGCAGCCUAUUAGUUCACCAUGGGAUGUGGUCCUUGGAACCUCAGUUUCAGGAACCCAUGAAGGUGAUGUUCUGUGGAUUGCCAUGGCAGGCACACAUCAAAUAUGGGCCCUCAUAUUGGAGAGUGGAAAGCUACCCAAAGGAAGUGACUUAAAGAAAGGAACCUGCCUCCGCUUUGCUGGGAGUGGCAAUGAAGAGAACCGAAACAACGCGUAUCCCCACAAAGCAGGCUUUGCCCAGCCUUCUGGUCUCUCCCUUGCUGCUGAGGGGCCUUGGAACUGUCUUUUUGUAGCUGACAGCGAGAGUAGUACUGUGCGAACCAUCUCAAUGAAAGAUGGAGCUGUGAAGCAUCUUGUAGGAGGAGAGAGAGACCCAAUGAAUUUAUUUGCCUUUGGUGACGUUGAUGGAGCUGGGAUAAAUGCAAAGCUGCAGCAUCCCCUAGGAGUAGCCUGGGACAGGAGACGAAACCUCCUUUAUGUUGCAGAUUCCUAUAAUCAUAAGAUUAAAUUUGUAGAUCCUAAAAUGAAAAAUUGUGCUACACUGGCAGGUACAGGAGAAGCAGGCAAUGUCAUCGGCUCCAACUUCACUUCAUCAACUUUUAAUGAACCCGGAGGCCUGUGCGUCGAAGAGGGAGGGUGUUUGCUCUAUGUUGCCGACACAAACAAUCAUCAAAUUAAAGUGCUAGAUUUAGAAACCCAAAUCGUUUCCCUGCUACCUCUUGUGAAUGUAGGAACACUGGAUACUGUAGAUGGUCCAGUUGUGCAAAAGAGUGCUACGGCAAGACUACCAAAGCUGCCUAAAUCUGCUCCAAAUCUUCAGCUACCUUCGUUGGCUGUAAGCCCUGGACAGGCACUUCUGUUUGUGUUAAAACUCAGCCUUCCGCCAAAUACCAAGCUGACUGAAGAAGCACCUAGUUCAUGGUUUCUUACAUCAGAAGGUAGCGAGUGGUUGCUUUAUGAACAGAACGCAUCUGGAGAAAUUGAGGACAUUACCAGACAACCUGCAAUCUCGUUGCGGAUACCCAUGAGUUGCCUGUCUGCUGAAGUUGUACUGUCAAUCAUUGUGUGCCUCUAUUACUGUAGCAAGGGCAGCAGUGCAUGUAUGAUGAAAGGAAUCACAUUCCACCAGCCUUUACAUAUAGCUAACGCUAACCAUGGCAGCACAAUUCCAGUUGAGCUGACGUAUGCAUUUUAA